AUGCCCAAGACUAUAGACAAGGAGCACCCGCUCAUGGGCGCAAUCAUUUGCUUCACCUCAGUCCCUUUGGAGCAAAAAACUCAGCUCAGCAAUGUCGCGAAGGAGAUGGGCGCAAUUGAACGACCCGACCUCACGGCAGAUGUGACGCACCUUCUUGUCGGCGCGACGGAUUCCCCGAAAUACAAAUUUGUUGCCCGCGAACGGAACGACGUGACCGUCCUGAGACCAGAAUGGAUCGAGGCUGUUCGGCAAUCGUGGAUGCAGGGCGGGGACACGGACAUACAAUCCUUGGUGAAACAAUACGAGCUUCCUACCUUCUUUGGUCUCACGAUAUGUAUCACGGGAUUUGCCGAUAUGGCCUUUCGACGCCAGAUGCACGACAUGACCCUGGAGAAUGGUGCCGAGUUUCGGAAAGACUUGACCAAAAGCGUCACCCAUCUCGUUUCUCGCAAUACAGAGGGCGAGAAAUACAGGUUUGCUACGCAAUGGAAUAUAAAGGUUGUCACGGUAAAAUGGUUCCACGAUUGCCUUGAGCGCGGGAUGAUCUUGGACGAGGACAAAUAUCACCCUACACUGCCACUGGAAGAGCAAGGUGUGGGAGCAUGGGAUCGGACGAUACCGAUGAGUGCAAAAGUACAGCUUGGAAAAGGCAGGCCAGCGGCCAAGGAUAGCUCGUCAAAUCCACGGCCGAGGAAGAAGCUACGCAGAACGGCGAGCACGAAACUGAUCGACCAGAACGAAAAUAUCUGGGGAGACAUUAUCGGCGCGGGUUUUGCCAAUGAGGUGGCUGAAUCCAGAAAUGCUCAAUCGGAGGGACCUGACACCGAAAGGCCAAAGCCUUCUAUCCAAGUAGCCAAAUCAUUCGUGAGCGAGACAACGUUUAGUGAAACCAUGGACAAUCGACCGCCACCUGAAGUCCUGGCUAAAGUCCCCGAAGGAUUUCUUGAUGGGUGCUACUUCUACAUCCAUGGCUUUACUUCUAAGCAGAAAGGCGUUCUCCGACAUCAUCUGGAAUUCAAUGCGGCUCACUGUGUUGAUUCCUUAACCGAGUUUUCCAGCCCUAGCAUACCGAAGACAGGACAGGGUCUGUAUGUUAUGGUACCAUAUAAGACUCCGAGGUCAGAUAUUCCGUCGACCGAUGACAUGGCGUUUGAAUGCGAGACCGUCACAGAUAUGUGGCUGGAAAGAUGUUUAGAUGCCCGAGCCUUGGUCCCCCCGGAAUCCCACGUUGCAAGCACCCCAUUUCCGAAGUUUCCCAUCCCAGGAUUUGCGGGAAUGCGAAUAUGCUCUACUGGAUUUGCCCGCAUCGACCUUCUACAUCUUUCUAAGCUGGUUGACUUGAUGGGAGCAUCAUACGACGAAUAUUUGACCCCCAAGGCCUCCGUUCUUAUUUGUAAUGAUCCUCAAACGGCGAGCCAUGACAAGCUUCGACAUACGACCGAAUGGGGUGUUCCCGCUGUAUCCGCUGACUGGUUCUGGAUUUCCGUGCAAACGGGACAGAAGAAGCCAUUCGAGCCGUACAUUGUCCGGAGACCCGUGUCGCAAAGCAAAAGCAGCAGGGAGACGCUUAGUGGAGCCUCUGUCAAUGGGAAGCAGAUGCAUCCAUCUGCCGAGAAGGCUCGAGAGGGGUCUUCCAGAUUAGCAAAAGAGCCCAUCACUUUGCAGCGGACAAAAGCUGUGCCAAUGGAGAAAGUUGAUAAGACCCGGGUGAUGUCUAUAGUUGGCGACGGCUUUGCCGAUGAAGAGCCUACUGACUUACCCCAAGCAAGUGUCGCAGAAUCACGCACCCCAUCGCCAGACAGAAAUACUGAUGCAGCACCCACCGAGGAAACUGCGAAACAACCAAAACCAGCUGCCCCAUCCGCUCUUGACUCUGCGCUUAAGGGCCUCCUCCAGCAGGCCCAAGCUGCCAAAUCACGACGGCAAUCAGAAAGCAUGACUACGGACGAUAGCAGCUACCCACACCGUCGGAAACGCAAACCCCUUCUCGGCCGUGCACCAUCGCAUUCAUCAAACCGAGCGACCGAGCUCACUCGUGCCCCGUCGCGAGCAAGCUCCAUCGACACCGUUAACGACGAUGGUCUCGGCUCGGCAGUUGAAAGUGCAGAACCAACACGAGACAACUCAUUCUCUCGCAUAAACAGCCGCAACGAACAAAGUCUAUCUUCAAUGUUCAGCGGUGCCAAGUUCGACUUUCUGGCAGACCCACUGCCCGCGCAGAUCGACAAUGAAGACGAAGAGAACCGUGAGCCUCAAAUGACGCAGCUGGACUAUGAAGACCCCGACGCUAUGGCUAUGCGCGCAGAGUUUCUGCGAAAUGCUGGCAAGCUAGCUGACAAUCCGAAGAAUGCUGAUUCUGAGAUGCUUCUUGGCGAGGUUCGAGAAUUAGAGGAUGUUGGAUGGGGGCAUGGCAGGAGGACUCGGAAACAUGUUCCAAAACCUGAUGAGCAGUGA